AUGUCGGCAGAAGUGCCUAAGCGAUCAAUCGAGGAGUACCUGAUGUUUUUCAGGCACUGUACAAAGAGGUCAGCAGCUCAGUGGCAGGUGGUGAUCAGAAGAACCUAUCAUUGGUUCCAACCUGGAUACCAGCUGUUCGAGAAGGAGCCAGAUGAGCAAUCUGCCAUAACAGACUUUAGGAAGAAAUUCCUUAGCGUUACCCUGCCAAGAGAUCGGCCCCAUGAAGGAGGAAAGCCUCCAAACUAUCAUUUGGGGGCAGAAGUCUAUCAUCUUAACUUCUGCGCCGGACAACUUGGAUGCCCACAGCUCAUUCCACUCAAAUCCUACAUGAGCUGUAAUCGGGCCACUUCUUAG